GCCCGCGAGGCGCUGCGCACUGCCUAUCCGCAACGGCAGUUGCUGGCAAUGCCCAGCGGCACGCCAGCCAGUCACCGUGCACGCCAGUGUACGCGUGCACGUUCCCGUCACCUGCUGCGGUACGCGACAACGACCAGCAGCAUCAGUCGUGCCU